AUGAUUCCUUCUUCUGCUCCAAAUUUCAGCACGACUUUUGAUUAUCUAUCUAUCUAUCUAUCUAUCUAUCUAUCUAUCUAUCUAUCUAUCUAUCUAUCUAUUCGUCUAGCUCUCUGUCUGUCUAUCAAUCAUAGAUACAGACAUAUGUCACUUCUCUUUUUUUUCCUUUCUUCUUUUUCCCUCUUUCUCUUCGUUUUCUUUCUUUCUCUCUUCUUUCUUUCUUUCUUUCUCUCUUCUUUCUUUCUUUUACUUUCUUUUACUUUCUUUCUUUUACUUUCUUUCUUUCUUUUUUACUUUCUUUCUUUUUUAUCGCUAUCUGAGAAGGCAACUGUAUGUAAGAGAGAGGAAAUCAGUCUCUCCCUCUUUCUCCUGUUGCGUGACUGUCUGUCUGUGCAACUCUCUCUCUCUCGCUGGUCCUCUUAUUGUAUGCCUUACUCUCUUUUUUGUUCCCUCUAUUUAGUGCAUGACUGUCUGUCUGUCUCUUUCGCUCUUAUCCUCUUUAUUUAUUCUCUUUAUUUAGUGCCUGUCUGUCUAUCUCUUCUUCUCUUUGAUCCUCUUUAUUUAGUUCUGUCCCUCUCUCUAGCACUCUUUAAUGUAUGUCUCUCUGUCCUUGUUUCUCUCUCUCUCUCAGUCAGCCUCUCUCUCUCCAAUCCCCUUUAUUCAAUGUGUGUCCUGAUGUCUCCUCCUCACUCUGGCCCUUUAAUGCCUUUCUGUGUUUCUCUCUCUCUCUCUAAUCCUCUUUAUUUAGAGUGUUUCUUGCUGUCUCCCUUUCCCCACCUGGCCCCUGUGAGUCCUGCUGUCUCCCUUUCUCUCUCUGGCCCUGUUGAUUUAAUGUGUCCUAUAAUCUGUCCCUUUCUCUAUCACUCUUUAAUGCAUAUCUCUCUGUCCUUGUUUCUUUGUCGCUCUCUCUCUCAGUCAGCCUCUCUCUCUCUAAUCCUCUUGUGUCCUGCUGGCUUAUCUUCCUGUCUCUCACUUUCUCACAUUUUUGUGGCCUUUUUGAAGUGUUUACUUGUCUCUCUUUUCGGCCCUCUUUAUUUAAUGUGUCCUCUCUCUCUCUCUCUCUCUCGAUUUAGUGUGUCCAACUGUCUGACUUUCUCUCUCUCUAGCCAUCUUUACUAUGCAUGUGAUAGGCUCUCUCUAUUUUCUCUCUUUCUCUCUCUCUCUGUUGUCCUGUUUAUUUAA